AUGAUCAAGUCGCUGGUUUAUUACGGGAACACCCCUGUUGGGGAGGUGGAGGUGUGGCCCAAGGGCCAGACGGACCUGGCGUGGGCGUGCGAGAUCCGGGUGGACCGGCUAUCCCCGGCCAGCGAGCGGUGCACGCCGCUCGCCGUGCUGCACGUCGUCGCGGCCGGCGCCCGAUGCCUCGUGGAGUCGAAGUCCACUGCCACGGCUCACGAGCCCCCGCCGCCGCUCGUCACCAUGCACACCACUUGUCUCAAGAAUAACAAGACGGCUGUUUUUCCACUUGGAGCAGAAGAGAUACACUUAGUGGCAAUGACUUCUGAGAGAAACAUGCCAGAUGGUGCAUGUUUUUGGGGCUUUAAAGUGCCAUUGGGCUUGUAUAAUUCUUGCCUGAGUAUGCUGAAUCUUCGAUGCCUUGGUAUUGUGUUUGACCUUGAUGAAACAUUAAUUGUUGCCAAUACCACGCGAUCUUUUGAAGACAAGAUAGAUGCUAUUCAGAGAAAAUUGAAUAAUGAGACUGAUCCGCAGCGCAUUAGUGGUAUGUUGGCGGAGAUCAAGAGGUACCAAGAAGACAAGUCUAUCCUAAAACAGUAUAUAGAAAGUGAUCAGGUUACUGAUGGAGGAGAAUUGUACAAAGUACAAUCAGAGAUCAUUCCACCCUUAGCUGAUAAUCAUCAACAACCUAUGACACGCCCGAUUAUAAGGUUGCACGAGAAAAAUAUUAUCUUGACACGUAUAAAUCCAUCAAUAAGAGAUACUAGUGUUCUGGUGCGGUUAAGACCUGCAUGGGACGACCUUCGGAGCUACUUAAUUGCAAGAGGUCGCAAACGUUUUGAGGUUUAUGUGUGCACAAUGGCUGAGAGGGACUACGCUUUGGAAAUGUGGAGGUUGCUUGAUUCAGAUUCAAAAUUGAUAAACUCCGUUCAACUUCUUGACUUAGAAUUUGAUGAAGGUAUCAUUCCAAGGAUUACUGAAGUUUGUUAUGAGGACGAAUUGGAUGACAUUCCUUCUGCUCCUGAUGUUAGCAAUUAUUUUAUUUCAGAGGACGAGAAUGCUGCUGUUUCAAAUGUAAACAAAAAUCCACUAGCUUUUGAUGGUAUGGCAGAUGCAGAGGUUGAGAAGAGAAUGAAGGAAGCUUCUUCCAGCUUUCAAUCUGCGAAUCCAAUAACAACUAAUGUCGAUCUGAUGUCAGUAGCCGCUAACCAACACUUUGUUACACCUAUAUCCUCAUCUACUCCAGUAGCACCACCACUGGGUAUGCCUUUGAAUAAUGAUCUGGAUCCUCAGCCUCCUUCACUAAGAUGGCAUGUUGCUCAAUCUGGCCAUGUGGAUCCUUCCCAAGGUUCUCCGGCCAGAGAAGAGGGUGAAGUUCCUGAGUCUGAAUUGGAUCCUGAUACUCGGAGAAGGCUUCUCAUAUUACAACAUGGUCAAGACACAAGAGAUCCAGCACUGUCGUUUCCCGCUGGACCUCCUGCACAAGUCUCAGUACCUCCUGUGCAAUCUCAUGGAAAUUGGGUUUGCUUAGAGGAUGAGAUGAACCCUAGGAACCUGAACAAGGUUUCAACAGAAUUUCAUUUAGAAUCUGAUUCUGUACAGUAUGAUAAGAAGCAAUUGCAGCAUACAUCAUACAUCCCUAUCGGGGAUAAUCCUAUGUCUUAUGAUAGAUACAAUUAUCAGAAUCAGAGAUAUCCUUCUCAGCCACCUCACAGUGAAGAUCAUCAUACACUUCAUAACCAUGCGCCUACAGCUUAUCGAUCCUUUUCUGGUAUGUUUUUAUUUAAAUUGUAUGCUCCUUCAGGGCAAAGAAGCAGCCAUAUGGAAUCGGGACGACAUUUUGCACAAUAUGGAGAAAUUCCAGGUGUAUUAGAGGAAAUUGCGUUGAAGUGUGGAUUUAAGGUGGAGUACCGAUCAACUUUAUGUGAUACGACAGAGUUGCAAUUCUCCGUUGAGGUUUUGAUUUUUGGAGAGAAGGUAGGUGAAGGAGUUGGAAAAACAAGGAAAGAAGCACAGUGUCAAGCUGCAGAUACAUCCUUAAGAAAUCUGGCAGACAAAUUUCUAUCAUGGGACCCAGAUAAGGUGACAUUUCUGAAGGAGAAUGACUUUAAUAGGCAUCCAAAGUCACACAGAUAUCCAGGAAGUAAUAUAUAUGACACAUUACCAGUUGCAAGCACUUCAGAUGAGUCUAGAUAUAUGAAUGACAGAAUUGAUACUUUAAGAAAACCUGGUGCUUCUUUUGCUGCUCUUAAGGAGCUUUGUACGGUUGAAGGGUAUAAUUUAGAUUUCCAUGCAGAGCAAUCUGCGGAUGGUUCAGUGGGUAAAGAAAUUCGUGCUCAGGUAGAAAUAGGAGGAAAAGUCCUUGGUAAAGGAUUCGGAGCAACAUGGGAGGAAGCUAAGCUGCAGGCUGCUCAUGAGGCAUAUGGAACGUUGAAAUCCAUGCUCGGUCAACAUGUUCCGAGGCAAUCUGCAUUUCCAAGGUCAAUGGCGCCGAAUUUUAACAAGCGCUUCAAGCCAGAUUUCUCCCAGGCACUACAAAGGAUUCCUUAA